UGUUGUUUCUCGUUUACGGUGGUUUUGGAUUGUGAAAAUCUCGCUUAGUUGGAAGUAUGUCGCAACAACGAGCAACAAGUAACAAUGAAGGCCCCAGCAGCCGCGCCCAAAACACAUCCUCCGAGACAACAGACACAAAUACCAGCGCUAUUAUAAACCUGGAUGACUCCGAGGACGAGGAAGCGGAUGACACUGUGGAAUUUGUAGGCAUUAUUUCCCCCGUAAGCCAAACAAUCGAUCUCUGCCUGUCACCAUCCACUUCUGCUGCUGCAGCGGCUGCAGCUGCAAGCACAAGCAGCACGAACUCUGGUGACACACUCCUCAAAACUGCCAAUGCGGAAGCGAGUGCAACUGCUGUUGAUACAGUUUUGGAGUGCCCUAUCUGCCUGCAGUCCUGCAUUCACCCUGCACGGCUGCCCUGUGGUCAUAUCUUUUGCUUUCUAUGUGUUAAGGGUGUUGCCUACAAAAAUCGGCGCUGUGCCAUGUGUAGGCGCGAAAUACCAGCCGAGUUUUUAGACCAUCCGCAACUUGUCAAUGGCAUCGACGAUAUUUGCUCGACCCGCGCCACCGAGGAUGGCUACCAAUGGUAUUACGAGGGACGUAAUGGUUGGUGGCAAUAUGACGAUCGUACCAGCCAGGACAUUGAAGAGGCCUAUAAGAAAGGCGAAAAGUCAUGCACUAUACUUGUAGCUGGAUACGUUUACAUAGUUGAUCUGGAGGCUCUGCUACAACAGCGCCAAAAUGAACCCACUCGUUGUCGUCGCGUAAAACGUGAUCUAGCAACGAUACCAAAAAAAGGCGUCGCCGGCCUUCGCAUCGAAGGAAACACGGUAACCACCGACACGCAUUUCUUACAACAUCAGUUCGGCAGCAACACAACUUCGACAUCCACGAUGACGACAACCUCAGCAACUCCUGCCGCCAACUUCAUUUCAACCAUAGCCGCCACCGAUGCAGCCAUUCGCAUAGCGAGCGACAUCAUCGGCUCCACGCUAGCGCAUGCUGACGAGCUAACCCGAGGCCUUACCGCCAGCAACAUAAGCGACAGCGUCGGCGAUCUGAGUGGUGAGCAUGCGCACAUCUCGAACUCAUCGAUUGCUGGGUUAGGAUCGGGGCCACAUCACAGUUUAAGUCAGGGCGCAGCCCGCUCGCUUGCCUCCUCGCACUCAAACUCCGUACAAGAUCUCAUGCGUAGCGCCACAGAAGACUUACUGCACAGCACGCAUCAAGUGUUUGAGGACAAUCAACAUGCAGUUGAUCUCUUCGAGCAGACCUUAAAUGACAUACAGGCACUUACCUUGCGUAACUUAGUUGACUCUAGCGAGGACGAGAACGACGUGACGCAUGAGACGGAUGCGAGUGAGCAGUUGGAGGCGAGCAGCGAGCCAACAGGGUCACAAAUCAUUCCCAGUCGCGAGCCCCGUAGCUACAAUGAAGAAUUUGGUAAUGGGCCAUUGGAGUUCUAAAUACACCUUUCCAAGAUUUCCUAAUGCUAGACCAGUGCUGGCACAACCUUACGCCUAUUUGCGAUUGAAGUUCCUUAGAAUAUAUCACUAAUUGUUUUUCCAAUAUAAAUACAAUGCCGCGCGUACCUGAAAGAAAGAGAGUUAAUGUUAAAGUUCUUCAUAUGCGUGAGCAAGAAACAGUACAGGGUAACAAUUACAAACAUAUUCCUCUGAAGCUAUAGCUGUAUGAACAUAUAAAAACUGAUAGAAUUCAGUAGUUUGAAUCGAAAUUGUAUUUGUAGCGGCAUCAAACGCCACCAACGAAGUUGGUUAUUAAUAUUCGCGAUUCAGUAAUCACACAAUGUCCAUGCCCCAAUUCGAAACGAGUGUGAAAACGACAAUACAAGUGGGAUUUUCCAAUGAUAAUCUGUUAACACAUACAUUCUCACAUACAUAUUUAUUUAAAUCGCCCAAGCGCAUUGAAAGAGUUCUGUGAAUUAUAUUUUAGGUUCGUUUUAAUUUCAAUUAAUUAACAUACUAUUUAUGACUAAAUUCUUAUAGAUACCGUUUGUUCCCCGCCAUUACUUCUAACAGCGAAAUGCCUAUUCGUAGUCUCCCUAAUAUCCACGAUAUUUAUAAAGCUAUGCUGAGAUAAAGCAGCCAACAUGGUAAUAUCACAAAGACAAUUUUCAAUACUUGUAUGUUUCAAACAACACAAUACAUAUAAGUGCAUUUUUAAAUACGAUUACUCUCCACUUUGAAGCUCUUCUCCGUUCUAUGGUGUUUUUUUCGCCCUAUUCACAUGCUCGCAUCGCAGCCUAUUCACUCUAAGGCUCUUUAGUCUCAGCUUGAUACACCAUUCUUACUUGUCUAUCAUUUUGGGUUUCCCUAUCACCAGCUAUAUACCUAUAAUGACUUAACCCAAUAUUUCGCUACAUCUAAAAUUCCAUGGCAUAUAAGACGCAUCCAUAUUAUUAAUAUGUAUAUUGCAUUAAACAUAUUACAUUUCACAUAUGGUGACAGUGGCGGCUAGAGCACGUACUUAAUAAGAUAUCCUUAAUGUUUUCCUUUUGUGACAAACAAAAUAGACAACUUAUUUUUUAAACUAUAAACCAAGCUGUGCCAAUUUGUGUAAUUAAAAGCAGUGUUAAACUUACAAAUGUUUUUGUAUUUUAAGCAACACUUAGAUUAGCAGAGUUAUAGAAAUGUAUUGAAUUGUGCUUUGUAUUAGUUUUAAGCGAUUCGACGUCUUAUUU